GCUCACUAACUAAUGUUGUGACUUGUUUAUUAAUUAUAUUGUUUUUUUUUCUUCUUCUAUCAGUCUUCAUGUCAUCAACAAGAGGAAGAGACACCUUAGAACUUGGUGGAGUGAUAAGUGAUGUGUUAGAUCCAUUCACAAGGUCUAUUAGCCUAAGUGUUGUUUACAACAAUAGGGAAGUUAUCAAUGGCACUAAUUUGAGGCCUUCUCAAAUUACAAAUCAACCUAGGAUUGAGAUUGGCGGAAAUAAUCUUUCCACUUUUUAUACUCUGAUUGUGGUGGAUCCUGAUGCUCCGAGUCCAAGCAAUCCAAAUUUGAGGGAGUACCUACAUUGGUUGGUCACUGAUAUCCCAGCAACCACAGUAGUAACCUUUGGCAAUGAAGUUAUAUGCUAUGAAAGCCCAAGGCCAUCAAUGGGAAUACAUCGAAUUGUUUUCUCCUUAUUUCGUCAAUUGGGCAGAGACACUGUUUAUGCACCAAAUUGGCGUCAAAAUUUUAAUACAAGACAAUUUGCUGAACUCUAUAAUCUUGGCUUACCUGCUGCUGCUGUUUACUUCAAUUGUCAAAGAGAAAAUGGCACUGGCGGUCGUCGAAGCGAAUAAUUAUAACAAGAGCAAUAUCAGUUAUCAUACAAGAGAGGAUAAUUAUAUAACAGGAGCAAUCUCAAUCAUCGUAGCCAGAGGUUGAUC